AUGGAAGAAGUUCUUGCGAGACACCGCAAAGAGAAACGAGAUCUGCAGGCAAAGAUAACGCAAAGGAAGAAGAACGCCACGAAGAAAACCAGGAAAGGCGUCAAUGAUGAAUGUGACAGGCUUGAGAGAGAGCUGGCUGAAAAGCAACAAGCAGAGCUUGAAGCAUUGGACCCUGCAAAGGAGCCCCAGAUAGUAGAUGCACUUGAGGAGUUGGUUAUCGACGAUGCUCCUGCCACAACCAAUGGCGAGUCAAACACAGCAACGGAAGACCUUAGGCAAGAGAACCAUCAGCAAGCCUCGUCGACCGACCAACCCCAACAGAAGAAACCCAACAGACAAAAAGCAAGACUAGCACGCCGAGCAGCAGAGGCAGAAGCUCAAGCGGCUGCAGCGGCAGAAGAAGCAUCGCACCUACCCGACCUGCGUGAGCGAGAGAUCUCAGCAAUGAAAGAACAGAUGAAGAAACUCGACCUCUCAGAAACCCUUAUCCGCCCCGACGGCCACUGUCUCUUCUCAGCUUGUGCGCACAGCAUGCCGCUUGAUCUCCUUGUGGCACAGACUGGGCAGGCCAAAAAGGAGCCCUACCAACACGUCAGAUAUGCUGCGGCGGAAUUUAUGCAGAGGCACCCGGAUGAUUUCGCGGCUUUUAUGGAAGAGCCAUUGGAGUCUUAUGUGCGGAAGAUCCGCGACACAGCCGAAUGGGGCGGAGAAUUGGAGUUGCAGGCUAUUGCACGGUCUUAUAACGUUGAUGUCAAUGUUCUUCGAGCAGAUGGCCGGGUUGAGAAGAUCAGCUCUGGAUCAGAGAGCAAGGAAGAUGCAGAGCCCAUAUGGCUGGCUUACUACAGGCACAGCUUCGGACUAGGCGAGCACUACAAUGCUCUGAAGAAGUCGCACAAAAGCUGA